CAUAUUCUUUAAGAGUUCAAAAGUACAAAGCUGUGUAGGAAGUUUGCUCUUUUUAAAUAUUUUUUCAGAGGUUAAAAAUCAAAUUUCACAAGACUUCCUGGGGUGGACGGUCUCUUGCAGGGACGCAGACCUGAUCACUUCCAGCAUGAAGUGCACUCAUGUUGUUCUGUUAUUUCUAUGUUUCUGCUUCAGUUCCUGCGAGGCUAGCUAUGGAAAACACCAGAAAAACAAGGUGACAAACACACACCAGCUGUCUUCAGUGCGAGCCAUCAUUCAGGAGGAGAAGGUGGAUAAAAAGUGCUUACUGAACAAAUACACACGUCGCUCCUGCAGCAAAGUCUUCUGCCAGCCCUGGGAGAGGUGCGUGGAUGGGACCUGUGUCUGCAAAGUCCCCUAUCAGUGCCCCAAGAAUGGCACCUCCGUGUGUUCAACCAAUAAGAAAAGGUACCCGACUUACUGCCAUCUGAAGAGUUUUGAAUGCCUUCAUCCACAGACAAAGUUUUUACAUAAUGGAACAUGCACAGAUGAAGGAAAAUUCUAUGUUACCUUAAAUUAUGGAAUCACAGAUUCAGAGGGAAUCGUUAAAGUAAAACUUGUGGGUCAAGAGCAGGAAAUGUUCAUUUGUAGAAGCAGCUGGGGCAUGGCGGAAGCUAACGUGGCCUGCUUCGACCUCGGGUUUCCACAAGGAGCUCUUCAUACUCAGAAAAGAUUUCAUUUUUCUGAAGAUCUCCACACAAAAUCCACAGAAUGCUUGCAAGUGCACUGUGGAGGAUUUGAGACCACUUUGGCUGAGUGUGCUUUUUCCAAGAGAAGAGUUCAGGGGAGCCAGGAUCUAGCUCGUGUGCUGUGUUACACACCAGAUGCAGAUCUGGCAAGAGAGUCCUUUCAGUGUGUGAACGGGAAGCGCAUUCCUGCAGAGAGAGCGUGCGACGGAGUCAAUGACUGUGUGGAUCAGAGUGAUGAGCUGUGCUGUAAAGGGUGCCAAGACGGGAGCUUCCACUGUAAGUCGGGUGUUUGCAUUCCAAAUCAGCACAAAUGCAACGGCGAGGUGGACUGCAUCACCGGAGAGGACGAAGUGGGCUGCAAAGGUCCUGAGGCACAGGAAGGAUCUAGGCCUGUCACUGUCUUGUCCAGGGCCUCCCACGAUGGGCUCUUAGAAACAGCAGCUGGACACCCUGAGGUUCAAGAAGAAACAGAAAUUUUGACUGAAGAUAUGGAUACGGAAAGAAAACGGAUAAAGUCAUUAUUACCUAAACUAUUCUGUGGCGUCAGAAGACCUGAGCACUCUCGGAGGAAGCGGAUUGUGGGGGGGAAGCCCGCACACAUGGGAGACUUCCCGUGGCAGGUGGCAAUCAUAGAAGAGGGCAAAAUCAGCUGCGGGGGAAUUUACAUCGGUGGCUGCUGGGUGCUGACAGCUGCACACUGUGUCAGAAGUAGUAGAGCUCACCGUUACCAAAUAUGGUCAUCACUCAUAGACAGGAUAAGACUGAACUCUGAAGCACUCAUUCACCAGGUGGAAAGAGUUAUCAUCCAUGACAAAUACAACGGAACCACCUACCAAAAUGACAUUGCUUUGAUUGAAUUGAAAAAACAUUUGAGCCAGAAACAAUGCAAGCUCUCUAGCUCCAUCCCUGCCUGUGUCCCCUGGUCUCCAUAUCUAUUCCAACCUAAGGACCGUUGCAUCAUUUCUGGCUGGGGUCGAGAAAAAGAACACAAAAAAGUCUUUUCGCUUCAGUGGGGUGAAGUUAACCUGAUAAGCAACUGUUCUGAGUUUUACCCAAAUCGCUACUAUGAGAAAGAAAUGCUGUGUGCAGGCACAGAUGAUGGUUCCAUUGAUGCCUGUCAAGGGGACUCCGGGGGCCCCCUCACCUGUGUGAGCAGGAACAAUGUGACUUAUGUCUGGGGCAUUGUGAGUUGGGGUGAAAACUGUGGAAAAUCAGAAUUCCCAGGAGUUUACACCAAAGUGGCCAAUUAUUUUGACUGGAUUAGCUAUCAUGUGGGAAGGACUCUCAUAUCCCAGCACAAUGUCUGAAACUGUGAUCUUUCUACCACAAGUUUCACUUUAAUUGAUAUGAAACUUUAAAAUUCUCUGCUUUCGUUAGCAAAAAAUGAAACCAAAGUGUUUGCUAUACUGGAAUUUUUCUGUGUAAUUUGCAAAUAAAUAUUUUGGUCAAGCAUACAA